CUUGCUUGCUUUCAUUACAUAACCUACGCACAAAGCCAACACAACAGAAGAAUCCUCAAUUCUCAUUUCUCACUGUCCUUGUGUUUUUUUUUUUAGAGAAAAAAAGAAGUUAUUCUUUCUUCUUUUUGCUAAAACCCCAUAAAGCGAAAUCGUAAAGGGUGUCCUUGGAAAAGGAGGGUUUCAUUAAAAAGCAGGGAUCUUUAGGGAGAAAGAUAAGAGAAAGGGGUAAGCUUUGUUUUGGGGCAAUGGGGGAUUUGGAGAAGCAGGAGAGGGUGGGAGAGAAUGAGAGGCUUUUGGAGGGUAUGCCUGUUUUAGAUUUUGACAUGCUUUGUUCCUCUGUGGCGUUGCAAAGUGCACAUGGGAGUUGGGGAAAGCUUGGGGGUGGGGAUGAGGAACAACAAGGUGGGGUUUUGAGGAUGUGGGAGGGUGAACUCCUCGAUUGCUUUGAUGAUCGCCGCAUCGCUUUUGAAUCUGCGUUUUGUCCUUGCUACCGAUUUGGGAAGAACAUGAAGCUAGCUGGUUUUGGUUCUUGCUACAUUCAGGCUAUAGUUUAUUUUCUCCUUGCUAUCGGUGCCUUUGUUACUUUCAUUGCCUAUACUAUCACGAGGACUCACUACUUCCUAUACCCAGCAGUUGCACUCAUCAUUGUUGUUGGAGCAUAUCUAGGAUUCUACCGAACUCGUAUGCGAAAGAAAUUCAACAUCAAGGGUAGUGAUAGUUCGUUGGACGAUUGCAUUUACCAUUUUGUCUGUCCUUGUUGUACAUUAUGUCAGGAGUCAAGAACACUUGAGAUUAACAAUGUUCAAAACGGCACAUGGCAUGGUCGGGGUGACAUAAUAUGUAUAGGUGACAUUAGAGAAAAUAAAGCUCUCUAUGAGUUACGUCCUCCUUCUAUUGUGUCCAUCAAGUCUACUGAUGAAAAUUGCAUGGAAAAGAGCACAGAUGUUAGCAAUGGAUCUUGAGUCAAGGUAGUGGGAAAGCUUUGAAACAAUGGCUCUUCAUCUUCUGAAUUCUAUCCCUAGUAUCUGCAGUGCAUAUUUCAUUCCAAGCUCUCAUCAAGUUUCAUGGCUAAGAGAUGAAUGUAAUGGAGGCUGGAACACAGGUUCAGACUAGGACAAGGUGAUAAUAGUCACGGGGACACAAGCCGUUGUGUGAUGAUGAUCCCUCUAGGAAAUAGGAAUGCUUAACUAUGUUAAUUGUAAAAUUAUUCCGGGGGAAGAUGUUAGUGUGUUAGUUUGCAAAUGUGCAUGCAGGGUAUGCCAUUCUCAACUAGCGGGGUCUUAUUUUUACGAAACCCCUGUAGUAUAGUUUGAUUAUAGUGUGGGAAGAAUGCCAUCGUAAUUGUGUAUUAUAGUGAACCGUGCUCUUUCAUCAAACUUUAAUCGACUUUUAUUGAGAUAUUACAAGGCUUAAGAUAUGAGGACCAUUCCUUUAUGACCAUAACGCGAAGGCACACCAAAGAGAAUAUAAAUGUAUGUUAAUAUUUACAUUUACAUCUAUUAAUAAAAGCAAAGUGCUUGUUGGGAUUUA